AUGUUUCAGGUAAUUCAGAGGUCCGUGGGGCCGGCCAGCCUGAGUCUGCUCACCUUCAAAGUCUAUGCAUCACAGAAGAAGGACUCACCUCACAAAACUUCCGUGAAGGUUGAUGAGCUUUCACUGUACACUGUUCCCGAGGGUCAAUCUAAAUAUGUGGAAGAACCAAGGACUCAGCUUGAAGAAAGCAUCUCACACCUCCGACACUAUUGUGAGCCAUAUACCAGCCGGUGUCAGGAAAUAUACUCCCAAACUGAGCCCAAGAUGCAAAGUUUGGUUCAGUGGGGGUUAGACAGCUAUGAAUAUCUCCAAAAUGCACCUCCUGGAUUUUUUCCAAGACUUGGUGUUAUUGGGUUUGCUGGCAUUGUUGGACUCCUUUUCGCCAGAGGUUCAAAAAUAAAGAAGCUGGUGUAUCCCCCUUGUUUCAUGGGAGUAGCUGCCUCUCUUUAUUAUCCACAACAAGCCAUCGUAUUUUUCCAGGUCAGUGGGGAGAAAUUAUAUGACUGGGGUUUACGAGGAUACAUAGUCAUAGAAGAUUUGUGGAAGGAGAACUUUCAAAAGCCUGGAAAUGUGAAGAAUUCACCUGGAAAUAAGUAGAAUACUCCAUGUUCUGCCCAUUUUAAUCAGUUAUAGGUAAACGUUGGAAACUCCAUACACUAAACCAGUAUUUCUACAGAAAAACGGAAUAGAAGUCAGUAUUGAAUGUAAUAAACUGGCUUUUUUCUUCAGGAAAAAUA